UCGACUCCCCUGCCUCAUUUCCGUCCGUCGUUCCGUCAGCCAGGGAGAGCAGAGCUUCGCCGCCAUCGCCGAGCCGCCUGGACGCUACGGUCGCCGUCGCCGACCGUCCUUCCUCUUUCCGUCGCGCAGCAAGUUAGGCCGUCCAGGGAGUUGCAGCGGCGAGCUUCUCUCUUCCGAAUUGGAUUUGGACUCUUCAAUUUUAGGUGAAUCGUUGCUCGAAUAUCUAUCGCUAGCUUUAAUUCGUAGAUUAGAAUCUUAUUUGUAUGAAUUCUUGCAAUUGGUUGUGAAAUUGGAAGAAUUGAUUGUUGGGAUGAGAUUGGGCUUGGAAUUCCGGUUGUCCUCCAGCGAGUCACAGGCGAUACGCCGCAAGGGGAGGCGACCAAGGCUGUAGGACUUUGAUAUUCUGAACCCGAUCGCGCAAACGGAUUGAGAAUGAGACUUAGGGCCCAAAAUAAGACUUCCGAAUAAUAUAAUUGGCCUUAAAUCUAUCCUUAAAAAGUUUAAACUGGACCCUAAAAUUUAAUUAAUUUCUAUAUUAAAUAGAAGGAGGUCAGGAUGGGGGUUACGGGCACUGUAUAUCUCUCUCUUGUCCUGCCCGUUUUCCGUUCGACUCCCCUGCCUCAUUUCUGUCCGUCGUUACGUCAGCCAGGGAGAGCAGAGCUUCGCCGCCAUCGCCGAGCCACCUGGACGCUACGGUCGCCGUCGCCGACCGUCCUUCCUCUUUCUGUCGCGCAGCAAGUUCGGCCGUCCAGGGAGUUGCAGCGGCGAGCUUCUCUCUUCCGAAUUGGGUUUGGACUCUUCAAUUUGAGGUGAAUUGUUGCUCGAAUAUCUAUCGCUAGCUUUAAUUCGUAGAUUAGAAUCUUAUUUGUAUGAAUUCUUUCAAUUGGUUGUGAAAUUGGAGGAAUUGAUUGUUGGUAUGAGAUUGGGCUUGGAAUUCCGGCUGUCCUCCAGCGAGUCCCGGUGAUACGCCGCAAGGGGAGGCGACCAAGGCUGUGGGCCACUGGGUUGGUUCCGUUGGGUUCAAGUCGGGUCGGUUGGGUCCAAUUUUGGUAAAUUAGGUCAAUUGGGUCCCAUUUGGGUUGUUUGAACAGUAUUGGGUGAAAUUUCGGUUCAAUUGGAUGCGAUUGAGUUGAUUUUGGUUGAAUUAGAUGGAAUUGGAUUGAUUUGGGUUCUUAUGGAUGCAAUUGGGGGUGUUUGGGUGGAUUGGGCUGCUCGUGUUGGUCGUGGGGCUGCCCGAAUUUGUCGUUUGGGCCGUUUUGGCCGAUUUGGGCCGGGUUCCGGGCGGUGGGCAGCCGCUUGAAGAGUGUGGGUUGUUGAUUUCUGGGCCGUCGGGUCGGUCCGGCAGGUUUUCGGGCUGAUCCGGUGGUAGUUGAUAUUGUUCCAGUGGGUGCAGCGGACCUGAGGACAAGUCCUUAGACCCGGGUUCGCGACACAGGUAAGCUAUUUUAAUAUUGUUGGGUUUAAUGUUGUUUGAGCAUGACGGUAAUAAUUGAGAAGUGAUUCUUCCGAUAGACCGCUGAGUGUGUUGUUCUGUUUAUGGAAAUGUUUAAGUGAUUGUUAUCACUUGAGAACUCUGUUGAAAAUUGGCUACCUAGUAUACCUAGGCAGAUCUGAACUUAAUUGGAUAGUUUAAUCACAAUAGGACUGUUGUUAGGUUCGGGCCUUGUGGAGCAUGUUUGCAUAUCCAGUGGUCCAGGGUUCAAAACGUACAUAGGGGAGUCACUGUUCUACCUAAGGGAUUCCGCGGUAGAGACUCCAACUUGAUAACUCGGGUUUGGGUUAGUA